AUGUACCUCCCAUCUAUACUUUUGGCAACCACUCAGCAGGAACUGCGCCUUACUUCACUCCUCAUAACCCCCCCACUCCAGCCAUCACCCCCGCAGGGUUGCAAUGUCACUCGAGCCGCAUAUCUUGUCCGCCACGCGGCGAUCUACCCAAAUGAUUUCGAAUACGAAACUUACAUCGAACCUUUCGUGAAAAAGCUGCAAAAUACAUCGCUACACCACUGGAAGUCAACCAAGACACUCGCAUUUUUGUCCAAUUGGACGGCGCCUGCUGAAGAGCACCAUUUGGAGAAACUCACGAAGUUUGGAUUCCAAGAAGCGCGGUCGCUAGGAGCGACUCUUCACAAAAGAUACGCGCAUCUCAAAGCACCUACGAGAAUCUGGUCAUCGACUGCGGAAAGAACGGUGAAGAGCGCAGAAGGUUUCAUUACGGGGUUUACGAAUAACCACACGAAAUCGAUCAACUUGACCCAAGUCGCAGAAGACAAAAAGGCGGGCGCGGACUCCUUGACACCGUAUAAAGGUUGCGAGGCGUAUAGUUCCUCAUAUGGUUCUGAUCAAUCCUCGGCCUUCGGGGAAGUGUACACAAAGCCUAUAAUCGCUCGCUUGAACGCAGAGGCGCCUUCAUUCAACUUUACGCAGAAUGAUAUUACCGGCAUGUUUGAGCUUUGCGGCUACGAAACCGUUAUUCGGGGAUCGUCCCCAUUCUGCUCCCUGAAACUCUUUUCACCGGAUGAGUGGCUGGGCUACGAAUACGCAAAUGACUUGAUGUAUUUCCACAACACCGGUUACGGUCGGGAUUUAUCCUCGAGUCUCGGCUUGCCGUGGGUGAAUGCUAGUGUCGCGGCGUUGCGUGAUGAGUCCCUGUCCCAGGAGCUAUAUGUCUCGUUCACUCACCGUGAAGUUCCACCCACGGUCCUUACUGCGCUGGGGCUUUACAAUAAUAGUGCUUACAGCGGUGCGAAUCAUGUCAAUGGAACCAUGCCGGAGGAUAGGAUUAACUACAACCGUGUAUGGAAGAGUAGUGAGAUACUCCCGUUUCUGACGAAUAUCGCCAUCGAGAAGAUGUCGUGCGAGAGCUAUGGAUACGACGAGGGAGAGUACUAUCGAAUCUUGAAUAAUGCCGGUCCACAGCCAUUGGUGGAUUGUCGAGAUGGGCCAGGUGGCAGUUGUUCGCGAGAUAGUUUCCAUGAUUUCGUCAAGGAGAAGCUUGAGUCGACUGUGGGCUAUAAUGAGGCAUGUGGUAGUGGUGACAGUGACUACCCCACAUCUUUGACCCUUUACGAGGCAUAA